GCUUAGAGAGUGAUGACGACGGGGGAACUUGCGAUCGUUUACCCGGAAAAACAGCUUUUAACAGUGACUUUGCAUUUCAUUUCACACACCUGAAUUCUGCAUUUUUCUGCAAUUUUGUGUCAAAAAUUUUGAACAGGAAAAAAUCGUGAUAUAUAAUAAAUAGACACGAAUUAACAGUCAUCAUGGUUCGAGACGUCAGUGGUUAUUUGCGCAAGAAGGAGGGAGAUUCCACUACCGCUUUGGCGAAUGAUUGGGCGCAGUUGGAUGACCUCUACUCAAAACGCUUGUGGCAUCAACUGACUAUUAAAUUGGGCGAAUUUGUUAAACACCCGGAACUUCAAGAGAAAGGACAGCUUAUUGAGUUGUACGACAACUUUAUUCAAGAUAUUGAAAUGAGAAUCAACCCCCUCUCACUGAUGGAAAUGCUGGCAAUCAUUGUCAGGCAGAUUGAGGAUGCAGAUGAGGCAAUUGAAUUUCUUGCUAAAGCUGAGCCGAAACUUAAAUCAAGCGAUGUCGCUGUUGCUUUGUGCUUGAUAACGAAAGGUGAAGUCGUACUGGGAAAGAAGAAAGAUACUAAAUUGGCAAAAGAGAUGAUGGAAACAGCGGACGGAAUUUUAACCCAGAUUGAUGGGGUUUCUCCUGCACAUGGGCGAUUCUACUUAUUGCAGAGCUGUAUUUUUAAAGCUAUUAACGAUACUGUACAGUACUACAAGAGUGCUUUGAAAUUUUUGGGAUGUACCAAGAUCACGGAUUUACCACUUGAUGAACAACGUGAUCAUGCUAAACACUUGUCUGUGGCUGCUCUUGUGAGUGAUGGAAUUUAUAAUUUCGGGGAGUUGCUGGCUCAUCCGAUUUUAAACUCUCUGGAAGGGACCAAGGACAAGUGGUUGAUUGAAUUGCUCAAGACAUUCAACGCAGGUGAAAUCAAAGCCUUUAAUAAUAUGAAGAGACAAUGGCAGACUGAACCCACUCUUCUGAAGCACGCCAAGGAAUUAGAAGUCAAGAUUUUACUUCUUGGAUUAAUGGAGAUGACAUUUAAACGCCCAGCUACCACGCGACAAAUUGGUUUCGAUGAAAUAGCACAGACUUUGGGAAUCAAAGAAGAUGCCGUCGAAACAUUCGUAAUGAAAGCCAUUUCAAAGGGGUUAGUGGAUGGCACUAUUGAUGAGGUGUCAAGAAAGGUUCACAUGACCUGGGUUCAGCCCAGGGUUUUGGACCGCGUGCAGAUUGGUAACAUGAUUUCCCGUUUGGAUGAUUGGAAAAAGGAAAUUCGACAUGUUGAAAAGUUAAUGGAAGAUAGCGCAGAGGAAAUAUUAUUGAUAUAAAUAAUUGUAAUCAUCAAUUUGUAAAAAAAUGUUUCACCCUUUUUGUACUCGUUGAAAUUUUGAAACUCUAGAAUUAGGUAAAUUCAAGAAAAUCAUUGGUGUGAAUUGGAAUGGGUCAAUAAAUUUUUAGUUUGUCUAUGAUCUUGUA